AUGGCCGAGCUGCAUCAGGGUUCUGCCGGCAACCCUUCCGGGGGACAAGUUGGUGACCAUUCGCUGCCAAGGUACUCGUGGGAUAGCGUGCUGCCAGGCCCUCCCAACCGAGACAACGGCGGCUGUGCAGACUGCAGCCCCGCCGGCCUCCUCGCGUACGGCGCCGGCAGCAGCGUGGUAGUAGCCGAUCCCCGAUCUAUGCAGCUCAUCUCCGUUCUUUCUGUGCCGGCACCAGUCCGGUCCGGCUCCUCCACUCCCUCGUCCUCCCUUGCGCCUUUCGUCACAUCAGUGCGAUGGGCGCCGCACCCCCUUCCCCGGGAUCUCCUCAUCAUUGACGAUCCCUCCACUUCCAACCUCCUCCUAGCAGUCGGAGACCGCCAGGGACGAAUUGCCAUCUGGGACUUCCGUUCCAGACGGGUUCUUCUGUGGCUCGAAUUCGACCCCUCCUCGGAUAGGGCCAGACUCGGUAUCCAGGACCUCUGUUGGGUGCGCUCCAGCUCUUGGAUCGUGGCCUCCAUUAGCGGACCAUCGCUCAUUGCUCUCUGGGACACUUCCUCCAGCCGGUGCAUCUGGAAAUAUGACACUUCCCCCGAGAUUCUCUCGUGUCUCCGCCGAGAUCCGUUCGAUGCCAGGCACUUCUGCGCCCUCAGCCUGAAGGGCUUCGUGCUCUCCGCCAAGGUUCUUGGUGGAGGAAGUGGGGAGGAAGUUGAUGUUGCCAUUAAGGAGUAUCAGGUACCAGUCGACCUGGCGGAGGUUCAGAGAAUGGAGAGAGAGGCAUCGUCCUCUGUGGCAUCGAGUUCGUCAGCUCCUGCCUCCGCGAUCUUUCCUCUUGCCCUGGCUAAGUUCUGCUUCUCGCCCCGGUGGCGGAACAUCCUUCUGGUCACGUUCCCUAGAGAAAUGAUCGUGUUUGAUACGCAGUAUGGUGCCUCCCUAUCCACUCACUCCCCCCCGCGUGGGUGCGGCAAGAUCAUGGACAUCAUGGCGGACCCUGAUGAAGAUCUCAUCUACUGUGUGCACCGCGACGGGAAGCUGAGCCUGUGGAACCGGAAGCAGUAAGGACUGCCCCUUUUUCCUGUUGGCGCAUUUUAAUGGAUUAUUUACCGUCUUGAACAGCCAUCAUUCGGAGUUCCCGUUAAAAAUUGUAGAGAAAAGAAAAAAAUCUCACUGAAUUCGUAAUUUGUCAAGAAUUUUUCCCCAGAGGAGCUUGUGACAUCCAACUAGCCGUCCUUUCAUGUUGUAUAUAAAGGGUUUCGGUUUUGAGAAGAUCGAAAUUCUUCUAUUGCUCACUUAUCAUUUAACAGAGGACGACCUAGCUGUUUUUUUCUGCCAUUGCUGAGGUUCGAGUGGACUGUUUAUUUACUUUUUCUUCAUCUCAUGGCUUUCGAGAUAUCUUGAUUAUUCUUGGUGAACGCAGUUCGGAGUUUCAUGAGGGGAAAGCUUGUUUGAUGGGCAUCAAUUGCCCAGUUAUGGUUUUGCCACUAGCCUUAUGAAUUCUUUGUUAGUAUUUUUUCGGAAUCGUAGCUGUGAGGCGGCAUAUUUUUGUUAAUAAUUUUAUUAGCUGAUAUCAAAAUGGCUUCAUCAAGUGUAGGUAAACUGUAGAAAAUUUAUCAGUCAGCCCAUGAAGGCUUGAGAGGAUAGGGCUUUGGUUAUCAUUUGGAAACUUAGAAAAGCCUACAGUAGGAAAUGUAAUAAAAAAAAAUUCUCGUAUUCCAGAAGAUGAGAGUUUGAGGGAAGAUAGAUUGAGAGGAUCCAGUAGUGUGCCAUCAGUGCUAAACAAGGCUUGCCAUCUUUUUCUGUUAUUGUCGAGGUGAACUUCUCUUUUCUCUUGUGUUUAAAUUGUUGGAGUUCACAGCCGAAUGUGUCAGAAGGCAGAGGGAUGAGGGACGCGAGAUGAGGGUAGAUCAGAUUGUUCCAAACAUACAAAUAGUCCUCUUUUUUUGUCACCUAGAGUGGGCUCAUGUUACUAUUCUCGUCUGUGGAAGAAAGGGACUGAGCAUCACUGGUUUGAUCUACAGCUUCUUGGAGAAGUCACCCGAUUACUGAAUAAUCCAAAGAGCUUAUUUUGAAUCUAAACAUAGAUUAGUGAAGUUAAAACAACUGCCUUGGUCCUGGGACACAAGUUGGGAAGUCUUCCUGUUUCUUCGGUUGCUGCUAUCCAUAUGAUACUAUAUUUCACAGGGAUUGAUUCAAACUACGACAAAAAGUUAAAGGUUAAUCAAUAGGAUUGAAACGUAGACUUAUUCAUGCAGAGAUUAACUACUUCUUUGUAAGGGAUCUUUUUCAAGUAUUCUUAUGUAUUAUUCUUCAUGCAUGAGAUCCCAAAGAUUGUUCCAAAGGUAUAAAAGGUUGUUCAAAGGAUUUUUUUUUAAAAUUGUUGUAAUUGAUGCAAAGGAUGUUGUGAUAUCAAUGAGGAGAAGUGUAGAAAUCAAUAAAGAAUGGAGGCCUUUGUGUAAUUAAGUUAAGGAAUUUCAAUCCCACAUCGCUUACAAUGUUGUUGUUGAAACUAAGAAUUGAAAAAGGGUGUUUUGCUAAAAGAUCAACAUGAGUACCAAUGAAUGAGAAGACUUAAGGCCUUACCCUUUGCCUUCAGUACUAGCGUUUCUAGUGUAGAGAGACGUUUGACAAGCUCAAGAUGCAGAAAUGGCUGACAGUGAACAUUUUCAGGGAAUUAUCAAAGGUUAUUAUUUUGGAAAUAUAAAUAGUGUGGGAUCCUAUUGAUCUUGCAAUAGUAGUGGCCGAGAUUUUUUAUUGAUUGCGUAGAUGAGAUUAGUUCCCGAGUCUCAGAAAGAAGCUUCUCAAUAUUGAGGUUCGGUAGCUUCUAUAUCACCAUGAUCUACUUUAAUAAUGGCAGAGGAGAUAGAUAGAUAUCUGGAAAUAGUAAUUUAGGCACAUGCCAUAGGUUCACAAUUUGGUCAACCUACCUCGUUAGUUAAGAUGGAAUAAAACAUGAGUUGACGCAGGUUUCCAAGGUCCUCUACCACCUCAAAAAGAAGUUUUUGCUAAGGAGAAUCUCACACAGCUCUCCAUGUGGGAUGCCCUAGCUUGUCGUUUAAAUUUCAUUAGCACAUCAUGCCUGUCGUUUAAAUUUCAUUAACACAUCAUGCUGCUUUUUUUACGGGGAACACAUUUCUUUAUGAUCGGAAAUCUAAUAAAAACUCUCCUGCGUGUCACAUACUAGCUGGCACUAUGGAGGAGAUAAGGAGAGGGUGAGAGUCAAAGUGGACUGUUCAACUAUCUAUUUCAAUAAAGCAGAAAUAAUUGGUAUUAGUAACAAGAAGAGAAAAUUCACAGUAUUUCCUCAAGAUUCAGUUGGUAGCAUGUUUUUCUAGCAGAUAUUUUACUCUUCCUUUAUUACAAGGAAGAGCUAGACUGUAUCAAUUAAAUGAAAAUUUGCGGAAAUCGUAUAAAAUAUUUGAAGGGUCGAAACUGAGCCUCUUUCAGCAGGAGGUAGAAAACUUUAUCUGAAAUAAUGAUGGACCACUACAUAAUGUUUAUAACUAGUUUUGAUGAAGCUGGUGUUGAAAAAUAUGGUAAUCUAGGAGAAAUAAUUCACCAUUGUGUAACAUGUUUCUUUCUCUAUCCAAAGAAUGAAAGUUCCACAACUUAAGUGAUGUUCCUGUGCAGAGAAAUAUGGAAACCAUAUCUUGAACCAGGAGCAUAAAAAACGAUAUACUUGUUUAAGCUAUUGAAUGUAAUGUGAAAAAGAAUAUGUCAAGUUGUCGAAAUAUAUGAUGACACGUAGACAGAAACCGAGGUCUUUCAGAAUUUCACGGCAUGUCCACGGCCUAAGGACAUUAAUUUGUAUAAUAUUAUUACAACAGUUGUGCUGGUGACCUAGGACUUCAUUGCUUAGGUGAUGAUGAGGUCCCUGGGUAAUGUAAUGAGUUAUCUUCACAUGUUCCUAUGUCUAUAUCACAAUGCCAUUUUUGUUUUCCGAUUGCAUUCAUAGAGUGGUAUUUACAAAUGACUGUUGUAGAAAAUUAGAAGAUAACUAAUAAGAAAUCUCCUUAACGGUUUAAUGGAUAUCUUGCUUGAAUUCUGGGUUAGAGUUGAGUUAUAGUGAAUAUCUCUAAUAAAAAUCUGGAAACUAGUGUUGUCUAAUAAGUUGGAUUGACUUUUCAGUUAUAAUCUUAAUCACAUUUUGCGUUAGGUUACAUAAUGUAUUCAUUGGAGGGGCUUUGAAUGUAUCAAUGUAUUUAAUACGCUCUCGACUUGCUUCCAUGAGGGAUUAUCAUUUUUUCUGGCAUUUAGUUGUGUCCCUUUGUUCUCUGCCCCCACCCAUAUUCCUCACAGAUGUUUUUUUUAAUCUGGGAAUCAUUGUAAAAUUUGUGAGUUAGUUUGUAACUUUGUGCAAAAUUAUAUUAUUGUGUGCAUAGUGGUGGUGCUCAUUGUGCCUUUUCUCAGUGAUGGACAGGUUCAUGUGUUGUGUACAGUGGAAGAUUUAAUGCCUACAAUUGGGACCCCAGUUCCAUCUCCUAGUGUCCUUGCUGUAAUCCUCUGCCAAUCUGAAUCCACCAUUCAAAAUGUUGGUUACCUUUCUCUCAAUUUACCUAGCAGCUCGUCAUUAACUUCUAUGACUAAUGAAAGACCCUUGGAUUUUCGCCAAAAAUCCACAUUCACUUCCAAGAAAUGCUUGCUAUCUAUUACUGAUGAUGGGAAAAUAUGGAAUUGGCUCCUAGUUUCUGAAUUGGCAAGAAAUGGUGAGGAUACUGGGCCAAAUAUGAUCUUGCCUUGUGACAACAUUGGAGAUAACGUUCACAGAAUCCAGUGCGGGCCAAGAGAUACUUCUAAUUGCAUACAAGGGUCCAAUGAGGGUGAACAACAGGAGCUGGAGAAAAGCAUUAUCUCACAGAUGGCUGGCUCAUGUCCCAGUGAGAAACUUCUUGUCAAGGUUGGAAACUAGCUUAUCGAGCUUUGUCUCUCUCCUAGGCUAAUCGCUAGAUGUGGCAUAUACUUUCCUGUGGUGUGUAUUCUUGAUUCUUGAUUCUUGAUUCUUGUGUAGGUUAAUUUUCUGUCUACUAGGCUUUGGCACUUUCUUCAAUAGAUAGUCGCAAGUGGUAAAAAAGAAGUUACAAGUGUCUGCAACAAAAUAUUAUAAAACCACCAGAACAUCUUAAUUUUUUUAGUUAAAGUGACAAGAUGUAGAUUUAACUACGCAGCCCACUCUCCCCAAAGUGACAGAGCCAUCUCAGUGCUCCUUUUACAGUUUCCAUUCCGUGUCAGUACGUGCAUAAUUGUUCAUUUUCUAUUAUACCAGAACGCCAUUUGUCAUCAACAUAUGAUGAAUUAGAUAUAUGCGUCUUGUGAGUAUGGAUGGAAACCCCAGAUUCAACUUUGAAUUCAUGUUUUCUGCCACAUUCUAUAUAGUAUUUCGGGAUGCAAGACAGUGUAAGGAAAGAUAGGGUUUCCCUGCUAUCUAAGGCAUCUCCAACUACGAAAAUGUUCCCAAGUAUCAUUAUUCACUAGAACAGCACAAUUAGCAUAGGUGAUACAUCAAUGUCCAUUUACGUUUGGCUUCUCCAGCGGCUGUAAAGAACUAUCUCGCCUAACCCAGCCGCAGGCCUUCUCUAAAUUCAACUUGAGGACAAAAUCUCUCCGAUGCAAACAUUUGUAACCUACAAAAAUACUUUUUUGACCUUGCUAACUCUAGAUGAAGGAAAUUUACUUCCAGAGAUCAUCUCUGGUACAUCUAACAAACAUUUUUUCUUCGACUUUAUUUUUUCUUGCUUGUUGAAGAUUUCCUUUCGUAUCGUUUACCAUUGAAGUUGAGAAUGCUUAUGGUUUUUCCUUUCAGAUCAGUAUGAUUGGCCAACUUCAUCUCUUGUCAUCAACAGUGACUACUCUAGCUGUCCCUUCUCCAUCUUUAACUGCUACUUUGUCUUGUAAGCCUUGUUCUGCCAAUAUUCAUUUUCGUUUUUGAAUUUACAUUUGACGUUUUGUGAAUUAAAAAUGGUGGUGUAUAUUUUAAGCUAAUCUGAUAUGCAUCUUUCAAGGUGGGGGCAAUAGUCCAGCAGCAGCUGUUCCACUUGUUGCCUUGGGGACCCAGAGUGGGAAUAUCGAUAUCAUUGAUGUUUAUGCGAAUGCAGUGGCUGCGAGCUUUUCUGUUCAUAGUAGCGUAAUCAGAGGAUUAAGAUGGCUCGGCAAUACUCGGCUUGUGUCAUUUUCGUACAUUCAAGUAUGUGAGACUCAUUGAUAGGGUUUGUUUCUAUCAGCGAAAACUUGUCUUUGGAUUAUUAUGAUCCUCGCCUCUUUCAAACAUAGUCGAAACAUUUGCAGUCAUAUCUUAAUAUUUUUACUAGUUGCACAUUUCAAUAUUGAAAAUCUUAUGAAGCUUGUCUAUGCCAAAUUUCUUUGGAUUUAUGGCAUUACUGUAAUACGAGCCCCGGACUUUGGAAAGCAACACUUGCAAUAAUCAAGAUAAAGUGUACUCUAUGAGUGGCUGAUACCCGUGACGUAAUAAUUCUUGAGGCUAACUUUACAGAAGCACCUUGCUAGGGUGGUGAUCAUACUUAUUUUUCCAAUUUUUUUUUGUUUCUUCUCCUAUUAUUCUAGCACUGAGGAAUCUAUCUCUUUCCCUAGAUCAGUUUCCUUUUUAUAUCUCUGUUGCCAAGGAUUCGAUCUCUUUCUCUAGUUUUGUGCUUUUUUUGUUUAUUGUCCCUUAUAGGGAGUUCGUAUGAUACAGAACCCGAGUUUUUAGAUGGUCUUUUUGACUGGUUCAUUCUUUACGUCAAGUUCACAAUAGGUUACUUUAUUGCAAUGAGUGACUCUUUGUUAUCUGUCUGGAUUUCAAAAAUAUGGAUCUAAAAUUGGAAAUUAGGUCUUGUGUCAGCUAUGUCAAAAUCCGCAAGAGCAUUUUAAGCUCACUUCGAUUGGGAGGAAAUCAAUGAUUACUUACAGAGAUAUGCAACCUUCUUAACUGCAGGAGAAUGACUAUCUGAUUGUUUAUACUUUCUUUAAGUAAUUUUCUUUAUAUUAGCAAUACUCAGCUUGUAACAGUUCUUAAGAAUUUCAAUGACAUUCCUUCAUCGUUCUGUGUAAUCGAGUCUAAUAAUCUUUUACUUCAUUUAGGCCAAUGACAAAGGAGGUGGGUUUACAAAUAAGCUUGUCGUGACUUGUGUUAGAACUGGCCUCAAUCGCCCUUUCCGUGUCCUACAAAAGCCAGAACGUGCCCCAGUUAGAGCUCUGAGGGCUUCUUCAUCCGGAAGGUGAUUUCUUUUAUCUCAUGUUUUCCUCAGUUUUGUGUAGUGUUCAGAUGAUUAUUUCUACUUUUAUCUUGAACGAUGGGGUGUUCUCUUGCAACGCUUGUAAGACUACACUUUUCUAAGCCAUCAAACAUUAGCAAGUUAUAGUUACGGCGGGUCCUAACCUUGAUUUUUUUUUUUAUGAUUGGGCCCCAGAUUGAGCUGCAUUUCACUUAGAUAGUUUGGUUAUCAUGCGUCCUGAGUUUUAAGCAUGUGCCAAUUUUCCUAUCACAAAUAACUGGUUAGUGUGGCCUGAAAACUCUAACAACCUUGUGCUCCUUGUCAUUUGUUCGUGUAGUUUGGAAACUCUAAAACGUUUCCUCUUCAUUAAAGUGCGGGAUUUUCUGCUGUGCGCCAUAUUUCUUGUUUCUUCCAUAUUCAAGACCACAUUUCGGCCACCAUGUGCGGUUGUCAUCCCCUUAAUACAUCCGGGUGUUCAUCAAAUAUUUAUCCAACGUUCAGUUACGGUGUGCAAUGAUGCAAUGAGUCAUCAUUUUUGAUGAUGCUCUACCUGUUUUGUGAAAGCAUCUCAAAGAUGCAAUGAGUCAUCAUUGUUACGGUUAUAUCUGAUAAGAAAUAUCCUCCUUUUCUUGUCGAGAAUGGAGAUCCUACGCAUGUAGAUUGCACAGAAACAACUAUAAAAAGGAAAACAGAAUCGUCGGCAGAAAUGUCAAUUUUACUAUGUUCGAAGAGGAAAUCAGUAUUUGCAUCAAUGCUUUAAGUUUGUUUCAGGUUUUUACAGUUUGGCUUCUUUGAAUUUCAGGUAUCUUCUUAUUCUGUUUCGUGAUGCUCCAGUUGAGGUGUGGAUGAUGACAAAAAAUCCGAUAAUGGUAAAACGCCCGGUCUGUCUAACCUGGUUCUUUGUGUAACCUGUGGUCAUUAAUGUUUUAUAGGAAAUUUGUUAUUGUCGUCACGCUCCCAUUGUCACCUUAGUGACGUAUUAAUGAAGAUAAUAAUAUACAUUUCUCAGUAUCAUGUUGAUAUAGAUGACGAAGGUGAACUACAUUUUCACUAUUUCUUUAUCUUAGUUGAUUACCUUGAAAAGGAGGCAUAACAUAUUAUAAGAUGACGAGCAGCUAACUAGAUUCUUCACCCUGUUUUAUUUAUUGCUCUAGUACGUGGAAAUGAUACAAUUUUCAUUUAUCGGUUGGGCUUUACCUUUUCUUUUAUCUUGCUAAAAGUUUCAGGCGUAGAAACAUUGAAAUUUGCAUAUUGUAUCAUUCCCAAAGGGUUUAUUUGAAUAUAUAUGCUCUUGCAGCUUAGAUCGUUAGCUCUACCUUUUACAGUAAUGGAAUGGACACUUCCAAGUGCACCUCGUCCUAGUCAGAAUGGAACUUCUAUGCAUACCGCAUCUUUCUCAGGAGAUCAGCUGUCGGUUGCAGAUACAGUGCAGAACGCAUCUGCUUUAAAAAGUAUUGAGGGCACAGUUUAUUCAUGCUGAUUAAUAAUUUAUGGUACAUUUUUUGUGUUUCAACCUGAUUCUUCAUGUGUUCCUCUGAUGUAUGCCCAUUGACUGUUAUGUUUAUAGAAGGAACAACCUCUUCUCCCACAGAUGACACAUCUGAAAGUUUCGCAUUCGCACUGGCAAAUGGAGCUCUCGGUGUGUUUGAGGUUCACGGGAGAAGAAUACAUGAUUUCAGGUAUUUAUUUCUCCUUCUUACUUUGAACUGCAGUAUUUUGUUGAUAUUGUUCAUUGGUCUGUUCUAGAAUUUGUUUACUUGUUUCGCAUUUCUUUCUCAGAUUUGGUUGUACCUUGUAGCCAUUCACGGCAAAGAUAAAUAAAAGGAUUCAUAAGUAUGCAUUUAGAACUCAACCUGUACAAGCACAUAUGUCGGUAGUAGUCUACACAACUAUGAUGUAUAAUGGUAGUUCCUGACAUGAUAGGGCCUAUUUAUCCCAUAUUUUCAUGCUUUCACACUUGAAUAAGCAAUUGCUUCACUUAUUAUAAUCCCUCAAAGGAUUGCAUGGAGGAUGAACCGCCAUGCUUUGCAGUUGUCUACGAAUUUUCGACCUUCUGAGCACCAAAUGCCAUCCUCAACCUCUCCAUAACUCCUUCAAUAGUACCGUAAGAUACCAACUUAUCAUUGUGUAGAAUAGUUUCUGUCAGGGAUGCCAUUUAAAAAACUCCAAGGAAAAGGUGAUCGCGUCAUUCUUUUCAUACAGCUCUGAAGAAGUGUUUAUCUCGUUAAAACGAUUAACUGUUUUGCCACAGGUGAGAAGAUGUUAUUGUUAUAUUCUUUGCAGGGGGAUGUUCAAUUAUCAUGCAGAUGACAAUCUCCUGAUUUGAUGUGCCCCAUGGUGUCCGGUUCCUAGAUUAGGUUUUUUUUCCUUUUUUUGUAUUUCCAUCAAUCUUUCAUAGUGUCUGAUUCCUUGGUCAGCUUGGUGUCUUGACUUUCAGUGUCAUUGAACGUUCUGCUGGUAGGCCAAGAAUUUCUUUCGGUUCUCUAAUCCCGUCCACCACGAUUUUCUUUUCAAGUAUUGGGCACUAUAACCCUUCGAGUGAACUGUGGCCAAGAAAUUUGUUGUUGCAAUGAAAGUGGUCCCUGUUAUACAGAAGAUUGAGGUUGCUCAAGUGGGUCUAAGAUCCCACACACAAGUCUUCCAAAGUGGCCAUUUGCUUCACGGAGAAAAAUCAUUCUCGAGUCCCUUUUCAACUUGUAAACAUGCAUGAAUCCUAUCUUAUGAAGUCAAGAAGGCGAAUUCAAUUUUCAGCAAUUAAUAUUCUUAAACAUUUUUCAUCUAGCUCCUUCUUUGAGCAACUUAGGUCAGUCGUAUUUGACCUCUUGCCUGGUGACCCGAGUCUGUUGGUUCUCAUAAUACGUCAGACAUAUGCAGAUUACUAUGAUGGGUGUGAAAUAGACCAAAUUAAUAGGAUCAUCUCACAUUGAUGUUCCACAUUGAUCUUGUUGAAAGUGGCAUAGAAUAUUUUUCCGAUUAGUGACCAGUAAACCACGAUGUUUGCCCUCCAUCGACCUUUCUUGCCACACGGCCGAAGGAAACACCUGCGAAGUCAAUAAGCAUGGCCAUAUGAACUCUAUAACAGGAGGUCGUUAGUCAAAUUGAUAUGCACGUGUCAAUUGGUCCGUGAGUCUGGUAACUUUGUUUGAAAAUGUGCGUGGCUAGCUGUUGUCGAGGUUCGGCACUGUUCUUCUUAUGUCUGGCAUUCACAUAAUUAUUGAUUUGCGGAUUACAGAUUAGAAACUUCAUGGUCUAUAUUUUUAUCUAGCAUUGGACUUUGCAUCUUCCUUGACAUUGACUUCUAUUUUUUCGCUUGAUCAUUGUCUAUGUUGUAGACCAAAGUGGCCUUCAUCAUCAUUUGUUUCAACAGAUGGACUGGUCACUGCAAUGGCAUAUCGCCUUCCACAUGUAGUAAGUUCAAGAUCACCAAUUGGCUCUUUUCAGUGGAUAGUUUUUCUCAAAGUUUUUUGGGUGUUUCUCCUUUAUUGUGUGUCGUCUGCAGGUUAUGGGAGACAGAUCUGGCAACAUUCGUUGGUGGGACGUAACAACUGGUCUCUCAUCAUCAUUUAACACUUAUAGAGAAGGAAUAAGAAGAAUAAAGUUCUCACCUGUUGUCACUGGGGAUCGUAGCAGAGGACGAGUAGCUGUGCUGUUCAACGACAACACAUUCUCAGUAUAUGACCUGGUCAGUAUAAAGCGGAAGGGAAAGCUUAUAAAUAUAAAAUCAUUGAUGCGUUCUGAUCCAUCAUUUAAAUUAUUGUUUCUGAAGAUCCACCUGAUGCUACUGAGGUUGUCUAGAAAACACUGAUUUCGAGUUUUUGGGGCGCAAUUAUGUGCUGUUGGAAUUUUCAAUCACCUCUUGUUAAAUUCUUUCAAUGCAGCUGUAAUUAUAUCACAUGCCAUAUGCAGGCUGUCUUCUUUUAUUGAUCUUGAGUCUUUUCUUAAUAUUCUAAUGUGCAGGAUACACAGGAUCCAUUGGCCAAUGCCCUGUUACAGCCUCAGUUCCCGGGCACCCUUGUUCUGGAACUUGAUUGGUUGCCGACACGAACCCACAAAAAUGAACCAUUCGUUUUAUGCAUUACUGGGGCUGACAGUAGUUUUCGUCUUAUUGAAGUCAAUAUGUACGCUUACCUUUUAAUUUUAAGUUUUUUUGCGUUAUUUAUAAGCAUGUAGCUUGGAGAAGUUCAAUGAUGGACCUCUAACAAAUGCAUUCUAUCCAUUUAUUAGUUUUCUCUCUUCAUUCCAACAAUGAGAAAUUUUUCUUUCUGACCAAUGAUGAGAGCUUUCUAUUGACAGAAAUUUAUAUCACGCUGGAAUCAUAUAUAUAUCUUAUGGACGAAAUUAUUUUGAUCAUUGUUUUUCUCUGUGAUAUUUGACAUAAUUUAGAUGUCCUUCAAAGUUUUGUUUAACACCAGGUUCUCUCAUCUAGUUAACCAGUUGAGGACCAAUGCACCUUUCCAUUGAAAAGUUAACUGUGUACAAGCUGAUCCUGGAUAUGGAUGUUCACUGCUCGGUGUGCUUUCGUGCGCUUCUUUGUGAUCAUUUUGGUGUCUGGAAUAUGAAUGGUUUGACCUAGAAAACUGGGUCUUUCUAAAGCUUUAAAAUAUUAGGUCAAAUUUCAAGGCAUGACAAUUAAUGGAAUUAAUGGAGAAUUUCAAGAAUACGUGUGGAUAGUACUUUUCGAUUCGAAUAGUACUUAAGUUAAUGAGAUGUUAUAUUUGUUGAUGGGAUGUCUCUAGUAUAUUCCGAGUUAUGUGACUGUGUCUAGAACCUUCCAAGGUCUGUUAUAAAUAACAGACCCCACUCUCUUUGAAAUGUAAUUUUGGUGUGUUCAUUUUGAAUAAGAGAAUACUUUUCUCUAUGGGCUCUGGCGUCACUAUUCAACGCACCAAACCUGAUUUUAUCUCCAACAAUAUUUUAUAAGUGCAGGCAUGAGGAUUGAAUUGUCAUGAAAAAACACGUGAAUCUGUCAUUUUGGGUUGCUCGUGUUACUAGUAGAACCACACAAUGUUGGGGUAGACAUCACUGGUGUACAUCGGUCUUUUGAGAGACCUGAGGAUACAUAAAUUAGUUUUCCUUUUCCUUUUGCUCUCUAAUGAAUACGUAGUAUUUUCCCCUUCAAGAGAAGGCAUCUUCAUCUUCCUAUCACUGAUGUCUUUCCUUUUGUUGCCUUUUUUCUCCCUCUCUCACUCGACUCCUUGAAUUCUUUGGAGGACGACAGUACACAAUAGCUGAAUUGCGUGGGUUCAGACAAAUAUUGGGACUUGGUUCUAAUAUAUGAUGCAAACCCUACAAGGAUAAACAGUCGGGAAAAAUCUCUUCUCCUGAUCGAAUCAUAGAAAAUUCUCUAGUUAUAUACGUUAACCCUGGCCACAAAAGUUGGAACCUGACAAACUAGGAAACUGCCCGACUUGGAAAGUGGCCAACAGAAACUAUCUCCUAAUUACACGUUUUUCCCACACAUCCUACCAGUCAAUCCUUAGAGAAUUACAGAUAAGUCUGGCUUCUUUGUGUUUUGCCUAUUAUUUUGAAAAUAGUAGUAACAUGGUCGCAAAAACUGCUCAAAACGUGCCUUGACAAUAAUCUUUUAACGGCUUAACUUUAUGUUUAUCAGACUUAAGCUUCUGAUUCUUUCAACCCUCACCCAAAAACGUUUGAAUUUCUACCACUUGGUGAACUAGGUUUAAAUUUGAAGUGUUACGGUGAGGACAUCAGAAUUCUACUACAGAAUAUAUGAAUUUUUAGCUAGUCUAUGCAUUUCUUUUUCUAUUUUUGUAUUCAUUUGAGCUUCUAUUAAAACAUAGAAUGGUGGGUAACGAACAUAUCACAGACUCUAACGGUAUUCGUUCGAAUAUCUAGUAGUUACUUUUCCUUAUUCUGUUUUGAAGAAAUUAUGCAAGGACAAAGAUGCGACCCCAGCCGAAAGUUCUCAAGGAGAGAUUUCGACCUGUACCUUUAUCUCUACCUAUACUAUUUCCUACGCCACACGCCCUGGUAAUUUGGUUCGCUUUUCAUUACAUGCAUGUAUUCGAAACUAUGCAUUGGUCAUACUAUUGUUCUGCUACAAUGAGUAUAAAUGUUUAUCAAUUUAUUUUUGCAAGGGUGGAAUCUUUCAGCAACUUGUCAUUGCCAAUUUUGAUGGAUAGUAUAACUUGUCAUUGUAACCAAGCUUUCUAACAUAUUCGGUUUUCUACCUUCCACUGCAGGCAUUGCGAAUGAUCCUGCAGUUAGGUGUAAAACCAUCUUGGUUCAAUUCAUACAGUCCAAGUAGAGAUGCCGGAGAUCUUCGCAGUUAUAUGAUUGAGUCGACUCUUCCAGCGGUUGGUGACCCUGUAGUGCCGGAAUUACUUCUGAAAAUCUUAGAACCCUACCGUGUAGAAGGUAUAUCAUCUGUGUUGCGUAUUAGUUGGUGUUUCUUAAUCAUUUUUUCUGCUCCAUGGAUUUUGAUGAAUUAUUCAUAAACGCUUAUUUAAUUUUCUUAUGAAUUGAAGGUUGUCUACUUGACACUGAGAGAGCUAGAUUGUAUGCAUCUAUAGUAAAUAAGAGCUCUGCAACUAGGUUUGCCUUUGCUGCUGCAAUGUUUGGCGAGUUUUCAGAAGCACUUUUCUGGUUACAGCUUCCUAAAGCUCUUUACUACUUAAUCAAUAAAUCAUCACGAAACUCUGCUCAUCAAAGUUCUUCAGCAACAGCAAUCUCGGGUGCUGAAACGUUUUCUACUUCGAACCAGAAAACAUCCACAGAGAAGCCAGAUUUAGGCAGCAGGAUGAAUGUUGAAAAGGUGAUCUUACUAAAGUUCACAAUGGCUGUUAACUAUCUUCAUAUACUCGUGAAACUUUCACAGAAAGAGUUUUUGAUCCUAAUAUCUUUUUAUUUAUUGUUUCCGUAUUAAAUCGUUGGUCCUUUUAUUUUGUGUUUCACGUUGAUCUCCAUCUACUGUUUUUGCUCAUUGAGGAUGUAUUUGUUAACAGAAAUAUGGGCCGCUUACUUUAAUGGCUUUUGAGAGAGAUGAAUUAUGGUCAAGUGCGAAAGAACGGAUUCCUUGGCAUGACAGAUUAGAUGGAGAAGAUGCAAUACAAAAUCGUGUUCAUGAGUAAGAAAUUCCUCGCAACAGUUCUAGCAUAUGUUAUGGUUGUAAUGUCAGUUUUUAGCCUUGCAAUGCAGUGAAUUUAUGGUGUAAUCAAUAGGUUGGCGAAUGACGAAUUCCCCGAAAAAGCUAGUUGGCAAUAGAGUAGUUUAAUAUACCAAAUGGAGAAAUGUGCCCAUAAAAUAAAGGAAAAACUGAAUGAGAGAUUUGCAACAAAAAAAACAGGUAAGAAAAGCUGUUUAUUGGAUUAAACUGCCUCCGUGAGUAAUCAUACUAAGAAUAAAAAUAUCAAGAAUGCUGUAGCUUAAGCAACAUCCAUGAUCCCUUGGACUUUGUAAAGACUACUACGUCAUCAGUUCAGUUAUUCUGAAUAUUUUUCAUUUACGUUGUUUGUGUUUUCAUUCCACCGUUCUGUCAUCAGUUCUUUCACACGGAUCUUUCACACGGUAAUACAGCGCGUCCUUUUGCUGAUGAUGCUGUCUUUCUAUUUUUGCAAUGAAACGAUCUCAGCUGCAGUUUGCUAGUUUCACCUCCACGUAUGUAUAAAACCAUAUAAAUAUGGUUGUAACAUGCUGAUAUAAAGGCUGUGAAUGGAUUGAUGAUGUCAAUACCGUAAAAGGCUCCACUGUGCUAUAAAUUUUACAUUUAUGAUUUCUCAACUGAUAAUUACUUGGCAUUCUGAAGGAUCGUGAAGUUUUAUUGGAUGGUGAAAACGUCUUAUCUGUGUUGUAAAUUUUUGACCAUUUGAAUUUCAGACUUGUUUCCAUUGGAAACUUGGAAGCUGCAGUGACGUUAUUGCUCUCUACACCUCCUGAAGGGACUUACUUCUAUCCAAAUGCUCUGCGUGCAGUAGCAUUAUCUUCUGCCGUGUCAAGGUCUUUACAUGAAUUAGCUGUGAAGGUAAGUCUCAGUUCUUACAUGCUUCUUAUUGACCCAUUCUUCUCUGCUGAAAAGCUGAAAGAUAUUUUCCUUUUUAAUGUAGGUUGUUGCUGCCAAUAUGGUGAGAACUGACAAAUCAUUGUCUGGAACUCACCUUCUUUGUGCUGUCGGAAGAUAUCAAGAAGCUUGUUCCCAGGUUUCGUCUUCUCCUUUUCUCUCUUCAAUCCAUUUAAGACAGUCGUCACUUAUGUAUUACCAGUCAUCUCUCUCCACCCGACCCUAUGUUUACUAAAAAUAUAAAAAAGAAAUGACAAGGAUUAGUUUGGCAUUUCAUUUUAGAGUCCUUUCUUCUGGUAAUGGGAACUAGCUUCAAUGGAAACUACUGAUACAGUUCUGGGAACAAUAGACAGAGAAACCCAGGAGGUACAAGUCGCUGAGUUUCAAUCACCAGGUCCCGUAGAACCCUAGCGCCUGCUACGAGAGCCCUUCUCGCCCAGAAACUCGUCGGAUUUUUCCUACCUUUUGUCUGUCCUUUGCGUGCCCUAAUAUCCUCCUUGAGAUUACCUAUUUUCUUUUCUGACUCACUGAUUUACUGAGGGCAUCCCUGUCUUUCCUGUCUACGCUGAUAUAUGCGCGGUCGGAUUGUAUCAAUUACCUAAUUGGAAUCAGGUAUCUCUUACUGUGUCCAGGCCUAGCUGAUUCUUUGAUGCAGUUGGUCAAUGCACAGUUUACUCUGAAUAUUCGUAUGUAGUUCUUCAUUUAUCAUCAUUGAACUUUAUUUCGAUUGAGUGAACUUUUAGAUAUAACCUUAGAAAUUUUUUAUUUCCUGAGAUCAAGGUUGAUUAAUGCAGUAUCAUAGUGGAACUCACAAAGUCGCUAGUCAGACCAAUUUGAAUCAACUCAUAUGACUUUAUCAGUUAAAGAUUUUAAAUAAUAGAUUUUCUCUAAAAAGGCUUACUAUAUCUCUCUGUGGUUUCUACUCUGAAUCGGGGAUUGAAAUAAGCCACAACCUCGGGGAAAUCCUGCCCCCUCAAAGAUUAUGUAUCUAUAUAUCGAGCAAACGUUUCAGCCCUUCGAUUUAGACCCUUUCUGAUGUCUGAGUUACCUGUGUUGGUUCCUGGACGAAAAAGGUUGCAUCAACUAAAGUUUAAACUCCUACUGUAUUGUGGGGUUUGCAUUCUGUGCUAGUUUCUGUAUCCACCAUUGUCUACCCAUUGUUAUGCAUGUGAAACAGUCGUCGUGCCACGUACCUGGGAUCAGUGUCACGUACUUGUCCAUAUUCAGCGUAUUCCAACACUUUCUUCUUUGGACUUGCGAAGUGAACUCAUAUAAUGCAUUUCAACAGCUGUAGGUUGAUUUAAUGGCAUUCGAUGAUGAUUUAUUUCACUGCAGCUACAAGAUGCUGGAUUCUGGACAGAUGCUGCGACAAUGGCUGCAACCCAUUUGCAUGGAUCUGAUUAUGACAGGUCCUUCCUGCUAUUCUCAGCUAGGGUACUUGUUUGUUCAAUUAUAAUUAUUCCGCCUUAGAUGUACAAAAUCACUUCAUGUAGGAUAAUGCAUUGGUUGUUAGAGAAUCUUUAUUAGAGUUACUGAACUAUCCAACUCAAAACACGUGGGCAAUAUCUUAAUGAUCUUACGUCUAAAGAUGCUUGGGUUUUGGUGAAAAAAAAGUGUGUGAGUACAUCUGGACUAUCGUCCGGGCUAGAGAAACAUCCUGUUAUAAGAGUAGUGGCUUUAUUGUCUAUUGAGGAGCAGUGAAGGGAGACAUUGAGAGGCUUCCCCUAUCAAAAUAGAGGGCAGUUAAUAGAAGCACUCAUCCAGGAAAGAAACCUCCCUUCAAAGUUAGUGUCCCACAUUUAAAUUAAUUGCCAUAUUAUUUUCAUAGUGGCGCCACUGAGAAACUCUUCCGAAGGUCCAGAACCAGGGAGCUCAAACGACACUAAUCAGCAUUUGGGCUUAGUUACCUAGACAAUACAAAUGGUGUGUGAAAUCCAAGAACAAUCAUCAGUUAAAAUCCCCAUGUUAAACUUUGUAUCUAGCUCAAAAUUAAUUGGCAAUCAUUGGGGUAAGCUAUCUUCAUAAUCACAGGUUUACUUUUGUAGUUAGUAAUAUAGAACUACUGUUGAUGAGUAAUUCACAUUGAACACGUACAAGACAUGCAUUAAGAAAUUGGACUUUAAAAGUUAGGACUUGAAAGAAGAAUAUUAAAGAUAUAGAGUUACAGGGAUAUGUUGGGGAGAGGGUGACGCUUACCUGAUACUUCUACGAAACGCUAUGUAAAAAAGGAAUGGUGCCACCAAACUAGUGCUCCUGGUUAUGAUUGAACGAUCAAAUAAUUGGGAGAGCUUGCAGAUUAUUUUGGGCAACAGUAUGACCAGAGAAAAUUCCCGUUGAAAGAUUUGUAUGCAAAAUGCAUUUUCCAGAUGAUUGUGUAUAAAACUAAUCUAAAUGGAGAAAAUUCAAAGAAACCUACAAAGUAAAGCAUGUAGUCCUUAUCCGGGACACUGUGUUUGCUUAUUUUACAGGAAUUCCAUAAUGCAUAGUUCCUUGUGUACUUUAGCCAUUGUUUGCAUCCAAAAAAAAAAAAUCUUUAGACAAUUUUUUCGCUCAUGCAGAGUGUUGCAGAGAUGGGCAAACCAUAUCCUUUGCAAUGAGCAUAACAUUUGGAGGUAAUGUCUUCUUUGGUGUUCCUGGGGUGGAAAUAGUAGACGUGAUUGCUUCUAUCGUAGUAACGCCAUAAACAUUCAUUGCAGGGCGUUGAUCCUGUAUGUUGCUGCCGGGGCAAUGCGCGAGGCAUUAGCAGCACUUCGAGAUUCCCAGCAGCCAGAUGCGGCUGCUCUGUUUUUACUUGCUUGUCAUGAGAUACACCAAGAAAUUGCCUUGAAUUCGGGACAUCUAGAUAUGACACCAGAAUACCAGAACGAGGACAAGAAAAAAAUCAUCUUACCCUGCAUGGAGGAUGAGCAAGAUGUCAUUGCUGUCAGUGAGUAUUAUGGACAGUAUCAGCGGAAACUGGUGCAUCUUUGUAUGGAUAUGGUCCCGUCUUUUGAUUGA